AUGCCUCCUCCUCCCGAAGAUCGCGGACUUUUUAACCACCACCAUCAUCAAGGUCUCUUGAGCAAAUUGACUCACAUGGGUCACCAAGGCCCUCCCCCUCCCCAGGGCGGCGGCUACGGCCAGGGUGGCCACGGUGGAGGAUAUGGCGGAGGACCGGGAAUGGGUGGUGGACCAGGUUUCGGAGGUCACCAAGGAGGUCCCGGCGGGGGUUUUGGCGGUCCCCAGGGUGGUGGUGGAUUCGGUGGACCAGGUGGAGGGUACGGUGGUGGGCCCGGAGGUGGACCCGGUGGAAGCUUUGGCGGCCAUCACGGCGGUCAUCACGGUGGCCCUGGUGGUCGCGGCGGCCCCGGUGGAGGACCCGGUGGAAGCUUCGGCGGCCCCGGCCAAGAGAGAUGGUGAAGUGCACUAGCCUGUGCACCGCCAGUCGACGUGUGUGAAUAACGCACGAUAAUCACUGCUCUUGAAUUUGUCGAUUUUCGCUUCUAGGUCUCUUCUUUUGAAUUUUGGAUUCAGACUGCUAAGGCAGCUGUGGUGUACUAGUUA